CUGAGUUGGAGCUUGAAUAGAGCUGUGCCGGCAUAAGCUCUAGACACACGCGUCGCGGCGGCAGCGCUUUCCAAAGUUUUCUUGAAGAACUUAGAUACUGAAGUGAGCUCGUGAACAUUUUGAAAUGUCUCAAAUAAAUGAUAAGAAAAUGGCAUCUACUAAUGCGGAGUUGCAAGAAAGAAGUAAACUGUAUUACAAGUUUACUAAGGUUUUGACCCUGAAAGUAGCGCAAAUCGUAGUGCAGAGUAGACAAGGGAAGAAAAUAACACAUGAAUUUAACUCCAAGCUCCCAGACAACGGCGUAGAGUCCUCGCCGCAAUGGUUCAACUUAUCGAUUCCGGACGAGCCGGGAGUGACGGAGGAUACGAAACGUGUGCUUAACGGGGAGGUAGUGGAUGCACUGACCAAAGUAUUAUGUAUUGAGAUAUCCCUGCACACCGUUGACGGAGAUGACAUGGUGCUGGAGUUGUGGACGGUCAAGUUGUCUCCGGGCAGUGAGGUCUGCUCCCCUUCGACGGUCUACUAUCGCAUGAGCGUGAUGCUCAAGUCCACCCUGACGAUAUCCAGGAUUACACCGGCCUAUAAACUGUCGAGGUCUCAGCAUAAUGAGUCUUACAAGAUUUCCCAUAAGAUCUAUGGUGGUGCACCUGAUUACGAUGUCUUAGGUGAGAAACGUAAGACGAUAAAAGUAAGUGAGCUGCACACACCUAUCGGGACUUUGCUGAUAGAAGUGGUGUACAGAACGAAGAUGACGAUCAUGCCUGAGGCCAGGCAGAAGAUUGAGUACGAGGCUCCACCGGCCACUACCGGGAUUAUGGUGAAGAGCGACCACUUCUAUACUGAGAGUCCCAAAAAAAACCGGAAUGAGAAGAAAGAACUGGACCUAUCCAAACCCUUGACGGCAGGAGCAUUUGUUGACCAGUCAAAGAUACAAGAGUUGCAUAGAACACUCAGCGAGCAACUACCUCCAGAGCCACCCAUGGCCUGGCUGCUUGCCGAGAAGGAGAAAAUGGAGAAUAAAAUGAAAACGCUGACGACAUCAGACAAUGCCAACGUGCUGACGACAUCUGACCACGAGAACGCGAACCAGCCGAGCUGCAGCAGCGGCGCGCCGGCGCCGAGCUCGUCCAGCCACGCCGUCAGCCGGGCCAUCGAAGUACCCAAGGCUAAGAAUGGAGACAAAUACACGGGACUUAUGGAAUUCCCCUUUGCUGAUGGCAGUCCCAUUGCGGAAUUGGCGAACUUCUAUCAGGAAUGCUUACAGGCAAGGUCUAUCAGUGACGAGUGGACGGACAUCGUGAUCGAUUCGGGAUCUACGGACUCCGAGUCGCUGUCGAAACAACUCAAGAUGUUCGAAGAUGCCGUCCCGGAGUUUGACAACAUGGUGGCUUCCAUGUUCAGCAACUCUGAAGGCUCAGAUCGCUCCUAAACUCGACUGGAAGUAAGACUGCAUGAUUGUUAUUAGAGUAAGGCCCUAGUGUUGCGCAGUGCGAAUAAAAAUAUUCAAAUAAAUCUGAGAUUUUAAAUUAGUUGCUAUUGAAGUCAGUAGUUGGAUAGGACAACGAAAUCAGCAUUUAUAUUGACAAACGUAAAAUGUGUAGUUGUAGGGAGAUGUGUAGGUUUUCACGUGUUAACGUUAGAUCGUAAAAUAUAGACUACAUAUGUUUAUGUAUAAAACUGUCAUAUCUAUGACAGAUGACAGCUGUCAGAUGUAGAAUUUGACAACCGUCAUUAAUGUCAAAUAAAAAUUUUCGAACUUUAUUGAAGUUAUUUAAUAUUAUUAGCUGUUUGCCGUUUGCAGCAAACCAGUGUGUUUGCCAGGAUUUUAUAUAAAAUGUUUAGUAGUGUGUAUAAGCCGUGUAACGGCACCGUUUCUCAUUUCGUGUCCCUUCGCACUGCUUGAAAGUUAAGGGUUUGUAGAUAUUUAUAAUGUAAUGUUAUCGACUAUUGUAUUGCACUGGAACUGUCCAGUGCAGCGCCAUCUCGUCUAACCUGAAUCGAUAGAGUUGUUAUGUACUGUGUAAUAUAUAAUCUAUAAAGUCUUUAGUCUAGUAAUACUCAAUAGUUACAUCUAUUUACAACUAAAAGAAGUUAUCAGUAUUUACUUGCCAAUAUGUCCAGCAGUACUCCACGAAAACAUUGUAUUGUAUUGAAACCAGAAUGUGCUUGUAUCUUGCAGAUGCUAUCUUUUUUCUCUGGCUGGGAAAAACAAGGAUAGCACAUUACAAAGUUCUCAUAUGCAUAGCCUUACUAAUAAAAUUCUAUUACUCCCUUGUUUAAUACCCUAGUAUCUGUUUAUCAAACAGGGAGUAAAUAAUCAUUUACAUAAGACAUUACUAAUAAACAAUAAGUGUGUGAACCAUGAGUAUCUAUUUCAUUCUUAUGCCACUGUUUGCUUGCAACAUUGAGAGAAGCAUUCAGAAACUAUACAACAAAACAUUUUUACACAAUGUUCUUCUACUAAUAAUCAUCCCAAGUGCUCCACGGAUAAGCCACCGUUCUAUCUUUGGCUUGUUUUAACUGGCUGGCUGGAGUGGAGUAGUUAGAGCAGUGAUCCUGCUUGCAGGGUGGAAACUAUUCUUAAGCGACGAGUGGGCCAUUGAUGCAGUUUACUUGGGCAGAUGCAGAUGAUCUCAGUAGAAAGCUGGUGGUAGUUUCUUCACCAUUCAGUCACUUACUUUUCCUUAUCCUUCUUGCUAUUUCUAGCAAUCAUUCCCGGAGACCCAGACCGUGAAUUGGUGUGACUUCGCCUGCGCCUUUUAGGUGGUAUUUUACAUUGUUUCAACUGGUUCCCUAGCCAUCUUACGGUUCCCAAUUUGCCAUUCCACAGUAACCUAUACCAUAGCUCUCCCCACCUUGUUUUUCAAUAUCUACUCAUACAACAGUUCUACACUAGAGUAAUAAAAGAGCCAUAAGAAAAUGCCCAUAUUGUUUAUUAGUAGUGAAUCGGCUAUACAAUGUGUGAAAUGUUUAUUAGUAAGGCUGUCAGUACAUUUGGCUUGUUGAACAUCAUAUUAAAUCUCAAUUCUAUGGUCAAUCAUAGUGCAAAUUAAUAAUCUAAAGUUUACUCUACAAUGCUCAUAUUACUGUGACUGAUGCUUUUUAGGCUAAUACUAAUAUUGUAUCAUAUUUAAUAAAACACAAGAAAGCCACUGCUCUGAUAUUUUCUAAGCAAGCUUUGCAUCGCAGUGUAGGGUAGGAAGAAGGUGUAGGGGUAUACUCAUGGAGCUGACUUCUUAUCUUGUAAUGGUAACGUCAUCACUAGCCAGGCAGAUAUGAUCUGAGGGCUUCGUAAGAGUACGUUUAACGAGAUUGAAAUGUUUCCGCAGGCGGGCUUCUGAUUGGUUGGUUCAUAGGACAGGCCAAUCGGAGCGCUGUGCGUCAUCAACGUAUCGAUCACGUUAAUCAUAAAACAAACUCGUACUAAGCCCUCUAUAAGUUCACAGACAUGUGAAUAUUCCUCCAUGAGUUUUCAGCGUAUGAUAAUCGACACUUGCGGCUAUAAAUAUAAAAUAUUUAUAACUUCAAGCAACGUAAGACUGGGAAACUAGACAAGACUUUGAACGACGUACGACUGACCCGAUAAAGGUAGCCUCUAUUAGAAUAUAUUGAUACCGCGCCGCGGGCAACAGAUGGCUUCAGUUGACAUUAAACUAAUCACUUAUUACGAUUAUUACCCAAUACAACUGAUCAACCGUUCGCGAUUGAUCAGUGACAUAGUUUAUAAGCGUUCGUGUUAUAUUCAAAAUUUUAAUAUUGUUUCUUGCUUUACAAUGUAAAAUCAUUUAUGUAUAAAUUAUUAGCAUCUAGUUAGUAGGUAUCAUCAGUUCUAUGUACAAUAAUGUUCAAUGUAAAUAUGUGUGAGAGAUAAGAAUAAUUUAUUCGAUGGUAAAGGUCAUUGUAGGCUGUAGACGUCAACAUUGUUACUUGUUGCUUAUAAUGUAAUUGUAGCAUUUUGUGUCAACUAAUUGUUAAGAUAAUUUAGCGUAGAUUUUACACGUCGUGUGCAGUCAUCUUAAACUAUAUUCUCUUGUAUACCAUUACUAUACUGUAGGUAGAUAUUUUCCACACAUAUUAAUAACAGUUUUGCAGAUAACAGUUCUAAGUUUUCUUACAAAUAACUAAGAUUUAGCUAUACAUAGUUACUGUAAUUAUUAUGUUAGAAUACUAUAUAUAAUACAACCAUAUGGCAUCAACAGCGGCCUUUUGCAACUGUAAAAUAGUGCAGCGUAGUUCAGAUUAUAAAUAAAUAGAUAAAUCAUAUUUAAGUGGAGUGCCUUCGAAGCAACGACUAACAUCUAAAGUCUCAUUUCACGUGCCAACCCUAAUUUUUAAUACCAUUAAACCUCUCUAGUGUAUGACAACUUAUUGAAUUCGAUUCUAAUCCAUCGACACUAGUUCUAUAGAAUUUGUGUCAAAAAUCCAGAUUGUUCAAGAGGUUAUUAAUUGUGACUAGAGUGACACCACAGCCUCAAAAAAAACAUGAAAAAACGCUUGCGUUGUUUCGUUGAGUAAGUGAGGUUACUGAAUGCUCAAUGACUUCACAAACUUAUCAAUCCUUGAUUCUCCAACAACCCUUAAAUUCCUAACUCCCAAAAAGCUGGACACACAUUUGUAACGCCUCUGGUGUUUCAGUUGUCCAUGGGCGGCGGCGAUUGCUGAUCCGUCUGCUCGUUUACCGGCUAAAAAACUGUAAAAAUUUCAAACAUGCAACGUUAAAAUUCUAUGGUGUGUGUUCUUUGUUCUGCGAUAGUUUACAUUUAUGUAAUGUAAUUUAUAAAUGAGUUGUCAUAUACUAGAGAUUUACCUAACAUGGCUACCGCAAGUUACAUAUAAAUCUAACAUCUUCAUUAAUUUAUUCCCUUUAAGUUUUGGUGUUGUUAGUUUGUAACUUUAAUUUCGCUAGUCAGUCGUUAAAGGUUAAAUUAAAUACAUUAGUGUUAUUGUGAAACAUUGCAUUGUGCCUCGUGGGUUCGAUUAAAUCGAAGAAUUUAAAAAAAUAACAAGGUAAUUGAUUGGGGAAAAUAAUUUAAGUUUCUUUUAGAAAGUGACAAAAUUGGCCAAAGGUAUUCUUUUUUGUUGUGUUUUUGGGUAUUAUGGUUUGUUAUGAAGAUUUUUUAUUUUAUUUUGGUACGAAGCAGCUUGUAGAGCUUGUGAUUGUCGCAAAAAGUUAAAACUACAGAUGCAAUCACGGUAAUAAUAAAAUUGUUCCGUUUUAUUAACUUAAGUGAAUCCAUAGGUACACGGGGCACUUACUAGUUAAGUUAGUUCGCAUUUCACACAUUUAGCUUAGUUAAUUAUAUCAAGGCUCGAAAUCUAUUACUCAUACAUUCAAGUUACUUAUAAUAUGCUGUUUAAGUAUAUAUUCUAUAAAGUAUUUGUUAUAAAAUGUUGGCAUACAAUUAUUUAUUAUAUUAUAUUAGUAUUGUUACCACUAUUAAAUUGCUUUAUUUAGGGCUAAGGAGUAUAAAUUAAAUCUCUUGAUUCUCAAUUCUUUGGACUUCUAUAAUCGAAUUAUUGGCUUAUUUCUGAAGUCUAGUUACAUAAUGUCAGAUGAAGCUAGGCAGUGAUUAAUAAGGCCAUGUUUGUGCUCCGUUACAUCUAAAAUAAUAAAGUCAAAUAUUUUAUGUUACAUUAACUAAGUAUAACGGCUUACUCAAGUCAAUAUACACUGAGAAAAUAAUUUGCAGUGUGUGUGGACGCGGCGCGACGUCAUGCAACCUACUGUAGACAUAGCCACGUCCGCACAUACAAAAAUGUAUAAAAACAUUUAUAUGAUACACCCUGUUUCAUACAGCUUACUGACUCCCGACAGAAGGCAAGUCUUGCAAACAAUGCAUCUAUGCGGUGCAUUUAAUACUAAAUAGUUAGUGACCAUACUAGUCUUCAGCUCAUAAUUAUGUGUAACUAGACUUUAAUAUCUCUCUCUGAUAUUAUGCGUGAGGAACCAAAUCCUGGGUUAAUGAAAAACACUACCUGAAAAUAAUAUUCCAAUUUUCCUUAAUAUUAUAUUUGACUGUAUUUCUAUAGUUCAAUCGUUUAGUGGUGUUUAUUUUAAAGAAAUCAUGCUAAUCAUAUACAUCAUAUUUAAUGGACAUUUGAGACUAAUCGUCCGUCCCUAUAAAAUGUCUUAAUCCCAUCUACAACUUUCUGACUAAAUAAUCUUGGUAAUUAUAAAAUUAUUUCAUAGUUAACACAAUUUAAAUCUAUUUCCUAUACCUUAAGGUCGAUAUUCAACUACCUAUCAAUUUAAACAUUCAUUUCUAAUUCCUUUUCUAUUUUGACUGAUAGAAAAAUGAGGAUCUUUUAAAUUCGUGACUAGAAAAAAGCAGUUGCUAAUAAGACCUUAAAGACAGAUAUGUAAGUCACAUUUUCAUUAGCAAAAUUAUCAUAGCUAUAAGCUAUCAUUUGUACACCUAAGAUUAGAUUUUUUUUCAAUUUGAGAGCUUUUUAGUGGUAUAAUUUUUGUUAAUAAUAAUAUAUUUAACAUUUUUGCUCAUUUUGUAUUUAAUUUUAACAUAAACUAUUAUUGUAUAUCAUGUUCAGUACUUUAAAACAAUAGUCUUAGAUUUUCACAUAUAAAAACACUAUUUAGUACGUGUUUUGAUUGAGCUGUAUGUCGGUCUCUGUCAUACAUUUGACCAUUUAAUGUGUAAGAGUGAAACAGUAUUACAUAUUAAUGAAAACAUGUGCUAAAUUAUGUUUAUUUAGUAUACUUUGAGCAACAGUUUCUAUUAAAUCAUUAAAGCCAGUUUGCACCAAUCUCUCCUAAAUUAAAAUGACCCCCUAAGCUAUAACAGGUGACACUUAGUCUUUUAGUCUUCACCAACCUAUAGUGACAACUAUCAGUACAAGUAAGAGGUUAGUUUAGGACUUCCCUCACGCUAAGUAACUUCUAAUUAAGUGACAGUAUAGGGGUGAUUGGUGAAAAUGGCAGUAAGUCUUUAAGUGGAAAUAAGUCAUAAUCGCCAUAUAAGGAAUAAUGAAUAAGCUAUUAAUUUAAGGCACAUAGCUGACCAAAAGUACAUUUGUUAUAUAUCGUAUAAAUCUAUUUAUAUAGCAGGAUAGCUAUUAUAUGUUAAAGCGCAUAUAGUAUAUUUUUACAACAAAGUUAAAUACAUUAUUGGCUAAGACAUACAUUUGAAUGUAUGACUUAGUCAAGUGUUGUUAACUUAUAUACGUUUUGGGUAUUAUAUCUAAACUAUCAUCAUAAUAAAAUCAAUACUCAGAAUCUUUAUAUACUGACAAAGCAUAGUAUGUACACAUUAUAAUAUUAUAAUAACAGAGUUCAUUCAUGUACUUAUGUUAAGCCAGUUUCUAUCGUAGUAUGAAAUAGUGUGGUUUUCAUAAUUUUACUAAACAUAAGCAUAUUAUUAUUAGUAUCAUAGUUUCAUUUACAAUAGUUACAGUUAUGGAUAAGUUACAGUAUGAAUAUAUCGAAUACUCAAAGGACAAUUUAUUGACAACCUUUAGUUUGACUAAAAAAAUAGGUAACUUGCACUCCAGUCUUCAAUCUCCAGUCAUAUUAAUCAGAAAGAUAAACAAAUAAAACACACUUUCCCAUAAUGGUUUUAUAAUUAUUACUAUUCUAAUCCAUUGCAAUUAAUUAUUGCAAUGAAGGAAAUACAUAGAGCUGACAUAACUGGAUUUCCCUUUAACGUAAUGCGUGACACCAUACGAAGAGAUAGGACGUUACUAACCACGCCCUUCUCUAUUUUCAAUCUAGCCGUGUCAUACUACAAAACCGUUGCUAUUUGACCACAUUUUAAUGUACCACUUUCGGAGCGUUUUAUUGAUUGUCAAGUUAUACAAAUUGCCUUUGAGUAUUCGUUUAAUAAUAGUCAUUAAUGCAUUUAAUGUUAACAUCAACGGUAGCAGAGUAAAUAUUAAGUCGGUUGUAGGCACCAGUGGCUCAGUGGCUCAGUGGCCAUCUACUAAGAUACAGAACACAGAUUGUCUUUUCUGCACGUGCUUGUGUCAGUUUAGUUUAGUUCUUUCUUGGCUUAUCAUCAAUAAUGAUCAGAGUUUAAAAAAACAACUUAAAUAACAGUUGUAAGCAGGUCAACCUAAUCCAAUCUGUAUUUUUUUCAUUGGAUUUUGGACUUUAUAUCAAAACACUAAAGUUGAAGGGAAAACUUACGUCGUAUAAUUGAUAUUGUGAAAAAAUAUUGUUAUAACUUAUUAUUUACAGUAGCUUGACUAACAAGGCUUCAGUUUUCGAUAGGAUUUAAUAUUUUUCCUCUUUUCGAAUUUCCAACUGAAUCUGUCUUCGACUAAUACUGCGCAAGUACCGUUAGACAUUACUAUGGAUAAGCUUCGGUUUGUUUGACAAUACAUGGAAGACAUCGAAAUAAUAGACACGAACAUAUACCAAUAAGUUAUAAUAAGUCGACAGUACAUACAAUACUUAGGUGCUUAUACGCCUAGCAACUUUUUUACGAAAGAGGGCUCAAAAGUUUUGAAUUCAGUAGAAAUUUUUAUCACCAAUUUAUUAUCAUUCUUAUGCCUUUAAUGAUAAGCUUGAAAUUCAAGUCCACUGUAAACGUCGCUGUCCUAUUCAAAUGUGGAAAUCAGAAAUAAUUAUUAAUUCAUGUAUAAAAUUGAUGUUUAACUACUACAAUCACAAAUCAUGGUAUUACCUAUAGCCAUUUUUUCGAGUUACAAUAGAUAGUACGUUUUUGUGUACUAACUAAUUUAUUUAUAAAAAAUAGUUGUGUUAUGACUAGAACACAUUAAAUAAUCAACCAUAGUUUGUGGAAACUACAGUUUUAACAUAUUUAUUGCAUUUGUAACAUAGUAUUUCAUCAAUCUAAUAAAAAUUCGUUCGUAAGUACUGUAACACGAGUUACGUUGACGCAUAAUACAUACGCAGAUGUAUUAUGCGUCAACGAUCGAGAUGAUUUAACAUAAUUAUGAUCAUCAUAAUUAUGUUAAAUCAUCUCGAUUCUGUAACGUUGGUCAUCGACCAAUCCUACAAAUUCUAUGUAAAAUGCUACCAGUUGGUAAAAUACCACCCAAGGUUUAAAUUAACUAGCCUAUGAGAAAUAGACAACUAGAAGUAGUAAUACAUUUAAUAAAAAAGGAAUCCAUUGUACUCUACCUGUAGCAGUUUGUAUAACUACCUAGUAGAUAAGUUGUGUCGUUAUUUAUAAGCCAAUGUCACUAGAUGGCAACGUGUAACGUAACGUGUCAUGCAACAGUCGAAGAGACAACUUGCAACAUGUAGUUGCAUAUUUCAUUCCGUAGAAUGCACUAUCACACUGUAAUUGUUUGUGUAACAUGUUACGUGACAUUGUAUGCUAGUGUAACAAGCUUGUAAGUGUUGCAAACACCGUGUUUGUGUUGCGUUUCGUAAUACAUUAGCUUCAUAGAUUUGUAAUGAAUGUUUACACAUGGACAUUAACUUGGCUUUGAAAUAAAAUACAGACCUUUUUAAUAAAAUUU